AUGCAAAGUGCGAAGCCUCUGUUCAAGGGUUGGGACCCCCGUGGCUACGGAAUAACGUGCUGGAACAUCGAGGGGACGGUGGACGGCAGCAUGGAAGAGUUGCUGAUCAAGGACAGUUGGAUCUCAGAGGGGUGGACACCGGAGUAUGGUUGCUUCGAAGAUGCCGCUGGCACACCUGGCAUUGCCGCGCUGGUGGACUGGGAGGACUGUGUCCAACUUCGCCAUGAAGGGAGCCAGAAGCCAAAAUCCAUCUGGAAUCGUACCAAGCGCAGACUCGUCUCUAGUCGGUAUGGGUCUCCGGUCUGCAACUUCAAGACGGACUUGGAGUUCCUCUGUGUAGUCUCUGAUGCCAUUGACACUCAUGAGGAACUCGUCGAGCAAGACAUCUUGCAUUGGGAUAUCAGCACUGCCAAUAUUCUCGUCAUCAGGAGCCCGACAAUUCCGUGGCAUAGCAUCUUAAUCGACCUUGACUUGGCCGUAAUGCCACCCUCUGUGGAAAGAGCGCCUGUUAAUUGUAGAACAGGAACUCGCGAAUCUCAAUCCAUAAAUGUCCUGGAUCGUUCAAGGAUGGGUGUGCCGACACUCCCUCAUUCCUACCUGGACGACUUGGAAUCGUUCUUCUGGGUCUUCUGCAUAAUCGUCACUGGGUACGACUGCAACGGAAAGCGGGUAGAACCUCCUCCUGAGUGUAUCCAAGGCUGGAGGAACGCAGAUAAGCAUGCUGCUAACGCCAAAAUGGCCUUUCUCUUUGCACCCCCCUUAGCUCCCGUCGAUCUCACCUGGGGAAAGCAGGUUCAGCGGCUGUUCUGGGAUCUCCGCAGGUUCUUCAUGGAUAUGACUUUACUCGUUUCUGAUGUUGCCGCUGGGCGAUCGGAAAUGACGAUGGAGGAACUCUUCAGCAAGCGCGUCGAACAUUAUAAAACUGUUCGCGGCCACAUCAAGAAAGCUAUCGACGCUAUCAAAGCAGAAGAGAAAAACGACCAUCCGAACAUUUUACAUCGGGGGAGUCAGAGCCCAAGCGUCGUCGCUCUGAGCGCUAGUGGGGCAGGGAGGAGGACACCGCGGUGUGACCAAUUCGAAGGGCGGGGUCACCGGGGUGCAUGCUCAGGGAAGGGAUACGCACUCCUGCACGCAGCUUCCAGCGUCGGUCGAACAUGA